AUGGCAUCGGCAAUCGAGGACCACACUGCUGUAGAGAAAUUUAAAGGUCUUCCUCCUAUCUUGUCCAAGAAAUUCAACAUCACUGCUAUCGAGCAAGACGUCCUCAAGUGGAAUAAGGAGUGGGAGGCGGCGAUCGCAUCUUCGACUGCAGCAGACGUCCUCAAGGAGAUUACUCAUUUCCUAGAUGAUUCUUUCUUUAAGGCCAACGACAUAGAGUUCCUCCAUGAGAAUCUCCGCAGCUUUCAAGAUAAAGUAGCUGGAAUCCUGCGCAGCUUGUUUGAUGAAGGUCACUUUGACACCAUCUGGUUGUUGUUAGAUGCCACUGAGCAGAGGAGACAUAUCCUUGAAGGCCUGAAGGGCGCAUCUGUGGCUCCUACGUUCUGGGGCCAAGAUUGUCGUGCUCUUUGCCCAGAGGUCACAGUUUCGAACUUCCUAUCGCAGGGCGGGAAGGGCUUCAUCGAUUUUCUCACUCUUGUCUUGGAGACCUUCGAGUCGUCCGUCAAACCAGCAUUCCUACCAAACUCGUGGUGGGAACAGGCGUCGAACCUGCCAAAUCCAUGGUGGGGACAGGCCUCGGAUGUUUCACCUCGAAAAGAGACAUCCCAAAGCACAAAGCUCGUGUUCGACGUCGCGACUACCAAUAGGAAUUUGUUUAUUGCGCAAUUUGUCCUGCGCUCGACGUUCUCAAUUGUACAUGACAUUACCAAUCGUAGCGAGGGGAUGAAAAAAGUCCUACACGUUAUGGAGAAUACAGAAGGAUAUAUCGCUCGAUCUUUAGCAAUGGCCAAAACGACUUUGAGGGAUAAACCCCUUAUCCGCUGCGACAACUGCACGAAGACGCCAGAAGACAUUGGACAAGGUGUUCGCUUCAUGGUGUGCAGUGUUUGCAAGACGAAACUCAACUUCGAGGUACAUUAUUGUUCUCAAUCCUGCCAGAAGCAAGACUGGUCUCUUCACAAACGGGCUUGUGGCAAGAAGAGAGUAUCAAAGGGUCUGAGGGGAACCAAGGGAGACUCACUUUGGGCAUUCGACGACUCGAAUCCCGCCGCCGAGAUGAUUCGUAACUCCGAAACGAAAAAUGGUCGAGGUAUGACGAGUCUCAGAGACCUUGGCGUAAACCCCUGCAAGGGCAAACGUUCCCCUGCUGCGGAGCGUCAGGCCGAGAUGCUCGAAGCUGACAGAGAUGUCGAUUACUUCCUCUUCACUCCAAGUGGUGAUACAAUUCGCUUUGUGAUCGAUAAUCCAGGAGCGAAAAUGAUCUUCCGGAUCAACCGCGGUAUGGUCAUGAUGCAGACUUCUGAUACCGGUAUUGAAGCUGUGGGGGAGUACAUGCUCAAAAUCAUGAGCGGCUGUCCCGGACUGAGUCGGGACAUCAUCCUGAAGCAACUCUGUGCGGAACACGGAGCGGACACUACCAAAAAGAUCGUGCGGUUGGAGCAGAAGACUCGAGAACGUGGAAAGGGCACGUUUAUCGAGAGUUGGUUGAAGGAUUCGUCGAGCAUCUUUGGGGAUUGGGCUUGGCUCGGAUUGCUUUGA